AUGUGCUUGCUUGGCUCGCACCACGCCGCCGAGAAAUGCACGGCCACUAGCGCCCCUUCCUUAACAGUUGCUUCAAAAGCCUCUGCUGACGUCACCUCUGUCACUGCCAUCUGUGCUGGUAGGUUGGGAGGAGGAGAGGAGGUGGGGAGGAGGAGAGGAGGAGGGGAGAAGGAGGUGAGGCAAACAAGAGGAGUGGAAGGAAGGAAGGACACGAGGAUGGGAAGGAGGAGGGGGGGGGGAGAGGAGGGGGGAGAAGAGGAGGGGGAAGGAGAGCAGGGGGAAGGAGAGGAGGGGGAAGGAGAGGAGGGGGAAGGAGUGGAGGGGGAAGGAGAGGAGGGGGAAGGAGGAGGGGAAGGGAGAGGAGGGGGAAGGAGAGGAGGGGAAGGAGAGGAGGGGGAAGGAGAGGAGGAAGGAGAGGAGGGGGAAGGAGAGGAGGGGGAAGGAGAGGAGGAGGAAGGAGAGGAGGGGGAAGGAGAGGAGGGGGAAGGAGAGGAGGGGGAAGGAGAGGAGGGGGGAGGAGAGGAGGGGGAAGGAGGACACAAGGGAAAGGAGGGAUACAUGAUCGUUGAGAAAAGAAAAUGCCUCGCUGCACUACGCCGACACCGCUCUGCAGCCGAAUACGUCAACGGUUUCCGGGAGCUUGUGCUGGAGAUUCCUGAUAUCCCUGCCUCCGAUGCUAGUAGCACUGAGGCAGACCUCAGUUGCUAUGGCCACUUCAAGUUUGGAGUACUUCCGUUCGGUCUCACCAACGCACCAGCCACGUUCAUGGGACUCAUGAACGAUAUUUUUCGGCCCUUCCUCGACCGCUUUGUCAUCGUGUUCCUCGAUGACAUCCUCAUUUUCAACAAGUCACUCGAGGAACACGCUCAGCACCUACGCAUCGUCCUCGACACGCUCCGCCAACACCGCCUCUACGCCAAGCUCUCCAAGUGCACCUUCGCCCGUUCAAACAUCGGCUUUCUCGGACAUGUCAUCAGCUCCAAAGGCAUUGCUAUGGACCCCGCAAAGGUCCAGCGCCUUGCUGAUUGUCCAGCAUCACGCAUGGUAGCGGAGCUGCAAAGUUUCAUCGGCCUUGCCAAAUAUUACAGAAAGUUCAUCUUCAACUUCUCCCACAUAUGCGCUCCGCCAACUGACCUCUCUCGCCAAGGUGCAGGCUUUCAAUGA